AGGCGGAAGCGGCGCCGGCGCGGAACCCGCUCUGCCGCAGCGAUGGCUGCCGGUGUCCCCUGCGCGCUGGUCACCAGCUGCUCUGCCACCUUCACCGGGGACCGGCUAGUGCAACAUAUCCUUGGAACAGAAGAUGCUGUUGUGGAAGCAACUUCCAGCGAUGCUGUGAGGUUUUACCCCUGGACCAUCGAUAACAAGUACUAUUCUGCAGAGGUCAACCUGUGCGUGGUGCCAAGCAAGUUCCUGGUCACUGCCGAGAUCGCCGAGUCAGUCCAGGCGUUUGUAGUUUACUUUGACAGCACACAGAAAUCAGGUCUUGACAGUGUCUCCUCAUGGCUUCCUCUGGCAGAAACAUGGCUACCCGAGGUGAUGAUCCUGGUCUGUGAUAGAGUGUGUGAAGACGGAAUAAACCGACAACAGGCUCAAGAGUGGUGUAUCAAACACGGCUUUGAGCUGGUGGAGCUCAACCCAGAGGAGCUGCCUGAGGAGGACGAUGACUUCCCUGAAUCUACAGGAGUGAAGCGGAUUGUACAAGCACUGAACGCCAAUGUCUGGUCCAAUGUCGUGAUGAAGAAUGACAGGAGCCAGGGCUUCAGCCUUCUCAACUCACUGGCUGGAGGAAACCACCACAUUGGAUCAGCAGAGAGCUGUCACUCUGAGCAGCAGGAGCCAUCACCAACAGCUGAGAGGACAGAGUCCCUCCCCAGCCAGCGCAGUGGUGCGUGUGGCUCCGCGGGCACACAGGUUGACAGCACUGUCGACCCCAUGUUAGACCUGGAUAUUCAAGAAUUAGCCAGCCUUACCGCCGGAGGCGGGGAUCUGGAGAACUUCGAGAGACUCUUUUCAAAGUUAAAAGAAAUGAAAGACAAGGCUGCGACGCUUCCUCAUGAGCAGAGAAAGUUGCACGCAGAAAAGGUGGCCAAAGCCUUCUGGAUGGCAAUAGGAGGAGACCGAGAUGAGAUCGAGGGACUUUCUUCUGAUGAGGAGGAACACUAAGUUCUGCCUGCUAGGUUUGACUGACACCGAUGCCAGCACUGUGCGCCCCAAGUGCUUCCUUUCUCAGCUGGGUUCUGUUCUGCCAAGAUUGACAUUAGCACGCUGGCCACCUGACUGGUUUUUGGGAUUCUGUUACCUAAGCUUUUAGAAAGACGCCAGGGAGAAAUCUUUGCUCCUGCCGCAUAAGUGACUGAGGAGUGAGAGGGCAGUGUGGAAACCCUUCAGAUCUACAUUCUUCAUCUUAAGAACGUGGGUAAAAUGAGUCUCGGAGAUGUGUAACACAGAAGAGCCAGGUGUCAGAGCACCUGAGGGGCUGAGGCCAGCCCGGGCUCCGUAGGGAAGCCCGCUUCCGUGCUGGAUUGCCAGCGUUCACACUGGAUGCAGGUCGGGCUUGUGCUAUCUGCUAUGUACUGUCACUGGUCCCCACCAAGAGCACAGCUCUGACCUAAGGUGAAUGUUAAUGACAAGAAAGGAGGCAGUUGUAGACCUAGUGUGUGCCUGGCGGGUAGGGGAGCAAGCGGCUCAUGGGCUCGUCUUUAAGUCUUUACGGACAUUUUUAAGCCCAGUGAGUUUCUGCCACAAAGAAGUAAAGUCAGAUGUGUAUCUGUAAGAAACAGAGGCAAAGGUUUCCUCCUGUGCUCUGAGGAGCGUAAAGCAGCCCUCUCCCCAGCUGCUGGGCAAGGGCCCUUAGUGUAGUCAUGUGUGCCCCAAAGGACCAGCAGUGUUGGUUCCGAGCACACUGCUGACACUGGCAGCAGUGCUCUCUGACAGAGUGCUCUCCCUGGCUGCUUAAGGUUCGAAUCUAGUGUCCCCUUCAUUCUGCUUGGAAGCAGAGAUUACUGUCAAGGUACCAGUACCAAGCAGUGGAGGGACAGUGGAGGGAGCCUUCCAAGAGCCGGGUCCAGAGCUACCCCCAUGCUUUACUUCCAGGGCUGUUGGCUCCUCUACACUCCAGGGCCAAGUCCCAAGGAAGCCCUGUCCUUCCUCUUGUGCUGUGUUUGAGUGUGUCAGCCCCAGGAGUGCACAAAGCAAAGUUCUAAAGGAAGCGAGGAAAGUACAGCAAAUAAAGGUCUAAAGGUCCUUGUUCUAUCAUCACAGACACUUGUGUGAGGCGGGCGUGAGGCUUCUUUAUGGUCGUCACUUCUAAGCAGGUGCCACCAUGAUGGUAGUCAUCGUGGGCUGAGAGCUGGUCCUUCCCUAACAUCAAACAUGAGUUAGGUCAUGACCAGAAACAAGAUGCAUCUGCUUGGGUACCACUUAUAGGACCUGAAACCUGCUUGGCCAGGCCACACAGGGAGGAAACGUGAUCCUGGUGAUGGUAGCAUUCUGGAAACAGUGGGUGCUGUUUUGCUCCGGGUCCCUGUGCUCCUUAACCCACCCCCCACCCCCCCCAACACUCUGAGCUUGUAAUCUUGAGCUUGGGUUUACCACUACCCUUUCAGGGGGACUAAUACUUUAAGGUGAGUGCAUUAGUCACUGGUUAAGAAGGAAAAUUAGGGAAGUUGGCUGUGGGUUACCAGAAAAGGUAGAACAUGUUUUUCUUAAAAUGUAGAAGAUUUUAGAAAAAUAUAUUAGGUCACAUGAUUAGGGGAAAAAAUUAGACUACAAAAGGCUGUGGACUGAUUUUGCUUACUUAAAAACCAGGUAAUUAAACGAUGAUUUAUUUAUAAAAUCUG